GAGGGAGAUCUCGCUGCGUCAGACCUGCUCUCUCUCUUCUCCGUCCUUCAGAUAGUUCAGAUAGCCACAUCAGUCCUGUGGCUCAUCUCCCUCCCCAUCCUACUCUGUCUAUAUUCACUCCCCUACAGAAAUUCCAUCAAGAUGUGAAGUAAACCAAUGCAGUGAUGCUCAUUUGUGGAACACCCUCUCCUUCAGCACCAGUGAACAACUUUGUGUCUGAGAUCAGCAGUUCUGAGAUAGAUUCUCAAGUGAAUGCCACGUAAGAAGAGAGAGAAUAAUUCAGAUAGAAUAUUGUGAUUCUGAAUCUGUUCCAGAAAUGCAGUAGACUCUGCUUCAGCAGCAACUGUCUAGAAGAGAUCUUCAGAAAUGAAACCACAUGGUUCUGGGAUGCUGAGAAAUGUGUGGAGUAUAUGGACUGGGAUUUCCACCAGACCUCUUGCUUGCUUCUCUCAUCUUGAGCUAAAACACCUCUUCCUUUUAGACUGUAACUAAAUUUUAACUAGACAUUCAGGACACAGGAAAACAGAUUUCUGUGUGUUACCUGUUUUAGUACGGCAAGGUUAAAGAGAAGGAUGAUAAUGCCUUUUUUUAAUGAUUUCAGUCAUCAUAAUUCUGUUGGCCAUCCAGGAAGAAUUUUAAUGGGCUUUUCCUCUGAAUUUGUGCUACAGUUUUUGCAUUGCUUGUGGGAGACCACUUAUAACACUGCCACUGGCAAGCCAACUUCUUGUGGGGAUGUAAGAGGCUUGAAUUGAAACUCAGGUGAAGAAUGCGUUAUAAAAAGCUGCUGAAGUUUGCAUUGUGUCCAGAAGCUUUCUGUCUAAACCCACCAUUGGAGAUACACAUGUAACUGUGUAUUUUUUUCUCUCUGCUGUUUUUCUCAUACAAUGUGAUCGCUUUUACAGGGGAUCAAGCUGGCAAAGAUGAGGAAAAUUGGCUGUGCUCUCCUGGUACUCCAAGCUCUUCUGGCACCUUUGGAUCUUGUUCGUGGAGCGGAGAAAAGUUAUCCUGUCCUGAACAUUGCAGUGAUUCUGGGAAGGACCAAGUCUAUCACAGAGAGAGAUAUCAGAGCUCUCUGGACCAGGGAAAUGUCAGCAGACCUGACUGUUGAUAUCAAUGUGGUGACCCUUCUGGUGGACCAGACUGACCCUAAGAGCAUCAUAACACACAUUUGCGACUUGAUGUCAGGCACCAAGAUCCAUGGAGUGGUUUUUGGAGAUGAUACUGAUCAAGAGGCAGUAGCUCAGAUUUUGGAUUUUAUUUCUUCUCAGACUUCUAUUCCAAUUCUUGGAAUUCAUGGCGGGGCAUCCAUGAUAAUGGCAGAUAAGGAUGUGAUGUCCACAUUCUUCCAGUUUGGGGCUUCCAUCCAGCAGGAAGCCAUCAUCAUGCUGAAAAUCAUGCAGGAUUAUGACUGGCAUGUGUUCUCUCUGGUGACCACCACCUUUCCUGGGUAUCGAGACUUCAUCAAUGUCAUUAAGACCACAGUGGAAAAUAGUUUUGUGGGCUGGGACAUGCAGAAUGUCAUCAUACUUGAUACCGCCUUUGGAGAUGCCAAGACCCAAAUUCAGCUGAAGAAAAUUCAUUCAUCUGUCAUCCUGCUCUAUUGUUCCAAGGAUGAAGCUGUCUACAUACUGGAUGAGGCUCGUUCCCUGGGCCUUACUGGCUAUGAUUUCUUUUGGAUAGUUCCCAGCCUGGUUAGUGGUAACACAGAAAUCACUCCCAAGGAGUUUCCUUCAGGACUCAUUUCAGCAUCUUAUGAUGAAUGGGACUACAGUUUAGAAGCUCGUGUACGGGAUGGCCUUGGGAUUAUUGCCACUGCUGCAUCAGCCAUGCUGGAAAAAUACUCCUUCAUUCCAGAAGCAAAAACAAGCUGCUAUGGACAACUGGAGAAAAAUGACCGGCCAUCUCACACCUUGCACAAGUUUAUGAUGAACGUGACUUGGGAAGGUAAAGAUUUGUCCUUCACAGAAGAUGGUUAUCAGGCACACCCCAGGCUGGUGGUGAUAGUACUCAACAACGAUCGCCAGUGGGAAAAGGUGGGGAAAUGGGAGAACAACUCCCUGAGCCUGAAGUACUCUGUCUGGCCAAGGUACAGCUCUUUCGCAGACAGUGACCCUGACGAUAACCAUUUGAGUAUUGUCACCCUGGAGGAGGCUCCCUUUGUCAUUGUUGAGGAUGUGGAUCCUUUGAUGGAAAGUUGCCAGAAAAAUACUGUGCCAUGUCGUAAAUUUGUCAAAAUUAACAACUCAACUAAUGAGGGGACUAAUGUAAAGAAGUGCUGCAAAGGAUUCUGCAUUGAUAUCUUGAAGAAGUUGUCUAAAACUGUCAAGUUCACCUAUGACCUGUAUUUGGUGACUAAUGGGAAACAUGGCAAAAAAGUCAAUAAUGUGUGGAAUGGAAUGAUUGGUGAAGUGGUAUACCAUCGUGCAGUUAUGGCUGUGGGGUCUCUCACUAUUAAUGAAGAGCGCUCUGAAGUGGUUGACUUUUCAGUGCCAUUUGUUGAGACUGGGAUUAGUGUCAUGGUGUCACGGAGCAAUGGCACAGUUUCACCAUCUGCUUUUCUAGAGCCUUUUAGUGCUUCUGUCUGGGUGAUGAUGUUUGUGAUGCUUCUCAUUGUGUCUGCCAUGGCUGUCUUCAUAUUUGAGUACUUUAGUCCCGUAGGAUACAACAGGAACUUGGCACAAGGGAGAGAUCCCCAUGGACCAUCCUUUACCAUUGGAAAGGCAGUGUGGUUACUCUGGGGCUUGGUAUUCAACAACUCUGUGCCUGUGCAAAACCCCAAAGGGACGACAAGUAAAAUCAUGGUGUCGGUUUGGGCUUUCUUUGCUGUCAUUUUCCUGGCUAGUUACACUGCCAACUUAGCUGCCUUUAUGAUUCAAGAGGAGUUUGUUGACCAAGUGACUGGACUGAGUGAUAAAAAGUUUCAAAGGCCACAUGAUUAUUCACCUCCUUUCCGAUUUGGAACAGUCCCAAAUGGAAGCACAGAGAGGAAUAUCAGAAACAACUACCCCGAUAUGCACCUUUACAUGACGAAGUAUAAUCAAAAAGGAGUGGAAGAUGCCUUGGUCAGCUUGAAAACUGGGAAGUUGGAUGCUUUCAUCUAUGAUGCAGCAGUGCUGAACUACAAGGCUGGAAGAGAUGAAGGCUGCAAACUUGUCACAAUAGGGAGUGGAUACAUCUUUGCCACUACAGGCUAUGGAAUUGCACUUCAGAAAGGAUCACCUUGGAAGAGACAAAUUGAUCUAGCCCUCCUUCAGUUUGUUGGAGAUGGGGAAAUGGAAGAGUUAGAAACCCUGUGGCUGACCGGUAUCUGCCACAACGAGAAGAAUGAAGUCAUGAGCAGCCAGCUGGACAUCGACAACAUGGCAGGAGUGUUUUACAUGCUUGCAGCAGCCAUGGCACUCAGUUUAAUAACCUUUGUCUGGGAGCACUUAUUUUACUGGAAACUUAGAUUCUGCUUCACUGGAGUCUGCUCAGAUAGGCCGGGAUUGUUGUUCUCAAUCAGCAGGGGUAUUUACAGCUGCAUUCAUGGAGUACACAUUGAAGAAAAGAAGAAGUCUCCUGACUUUUCUUUGACUAAUUCCCAAACCAACAUGUUAAAACUACUGCGAACAGCGAAAAAUAUGACCAAUAUGAACCCUUCAAGAAUUAACUCCCCCAAAAGAACAGCUGAUUUUAUUCAGAGGGGUUCCUUGAUUAUGGACAUGGUCAUGGAUAAGGGAAACUUGAUAUUUUCUGAUAACAGAUCCUUUCAGACAAAGGACAACUUUUUUGGUGACAACAUAAGUGAACUGCAGACACUUCCUGGCAAUCGACACAAGGACAAUCUUAACAACUAUGUUUUCCAAGGUCAGCAUCCUCUCACACUGAACGAAUCCAAUCCAAACACAGUAGAGGUUGCAGUAACAACAGAAGCGAAAGCAAACUCCAGACCUAGGCAGCUUUGGAGGAAAUCUGUUGAAUCUUUACGCCAAGAAUCUGUACGUCAGAGCCAAGGUUCCCAGAGAGAAGACGGGUCAGAUGAAAACAGGCAGCUUUCAGUGAAAAGCCAAAGAUACCUUCCAGAAGAGAUCAUCCAUUCAGAUGUAUCAGAGACAUCAAGCCGAGCCACUUGCCAUAUGGAACCUGAAAACAACAACAAGCACCACAAAACCAAGGACAAUUUUAAAAAGAGGACAGUAGCAUCAAAAUACCCAAAAGACUGCAGUGAAGUGGAACUGACAUAUCUGAAAACCAAACAGAGCUCUCCACGGGAUAAAAUCUACACGAUUGAUGCUGACAAGGAGCCAGGAUUCCACUUGGACACACCUCAGUAUAUCGAAAACAUUGUCCUUCCAGAAACUAUAGAGCUUCCUGAUGUUUAUCAAGAUCACAGUGACAACUACAGGAAAGCCGAACUUGCUAACAGGACUCCCUCGCAUAAUGAAGACAGUCUUCCAAAUAAUGACCAGUAUAAACUUUAUGCAAAGCACUACACUUUAAAAGAUAAAAAUGCUUCCCUAGUUGACAUGAAUGAUAGAUAUAGACAGAAUUCCACCCACUGCAGGAGCUGUCUUUCCAAUUUGCCCACUUAUGCAGGACACUAUUCGAGCAGAUCUCCUUAUAAAUGUGACGCGUGCUUGCGGAUGGGGAACCUCUAUGAUAUUGAAGAAGAUCAGAUGCUGCAGGAUACAACAAACUUAUCACUUCCUGAAGAAAUAUAUCAGCAUAGUUGGUCACAAAACAAUGCCCUGCAAUAUCAUAAAAAAAACAAGUUGAGGAUUAGCAGGCAACAUUCUUUUGAUAAUAUCGCUGAUAAGUCCAGGGAAAUUGAUUUUGGAAGACGUUCUCGUAGUAUAAGCUUGAAAGAAAGAGAGAAAUUUCUACAAAGUAGUCCAUAUGCAAGCAUGUUUAGUGUUCCCUCAAGCAAACUGUUGAGCAACAAGGCCUCACUUUUAACUCACGCUCUGGAGGACAGCAAGCGGAGCAAGUCCCUGUAUCCUGUUCACUCAGAUGAUAAUCCCUUUCUGCACUCGUAUCGUGAUGACCAGCACUUAUCUCUUAGGCGAAGUCCAGCUGAUCUUUAUAAACAUUCAUUACCAACAAGAGGAAGAAAUGAUAAUUAUUUAAGGUCAUCCAUAAAAUCUACAGCAUCUUACUGUUCCAGGGAUGGUCGGAUCCAUAAUGACAUGUACAUUUCAGAGCAUGUUUUGCCUUAUGUUGCAAAUAGGAAUAGCUUGUACUCCACUCCAAGGGUUUUAAAUUCCUGUAGCAAUAGACAUGUGUAUAAGAAAAGGCCUAGCCUUGAAUCAGAUGUUUAAAUUUUCCAUGAACACUUAAUUUAUAGGGGAAAAAUAGUUGCCACCAUCAUAGAGGGAGAAUUUAUCCUUUAACAGUAUCCUGACAUGGUAAAUGAUACAUAAACCUCUCCCUUUCCCAAUGUACUUCUGUACAUGAAUAAGUAAACUAGUAUGCUCUUACCUGUCCUUUUAAAAUAUGUCUUGUUGAAAAGGAUUAAAAAAAUAGCCAUUUAUGUAUGCUUUAUAUAUAAAUGGCAAGCUUCACUGAAAUGGCCCCAAUAUAUGUUGGCAACUAUGCUGUUUUGUAUCUAAUUAUUUUGCUAUUUUGGUUAUUAUUCUACUUUAUGUUGCUAAGUAUCAUUCAAUGUACUUUUGUCCUUAGCAAUGUUUAAUGAUUUUCUAGUACUGAAUGAGCAAUAUGGUAUGCAUGUAGUAUGACACAGACAAAAAGAAUUAGGAAUGCAUUUGCACAGAGUCAAAAAUAAGACUCUAAAAGAGAACAGAAAGGUAGACUUUAAAAAAUAUAUUUGAGCUUCAUAAUCAUUUUCAAAGCCAAAUAUAAAUAAUAUAUAUUUAAAAAAAAAACACCAAACUCCAAACCCCAGGACCUUAAUAAAUGAAGUGCAGGGUUUUAGCACAAGAUUAGCAUAUUUAUUCUAGACUGACAGAAAAUAAAUGGGAAGGUGGCAGGCCCCAACAUGUGAACUGCUGUGAACCAAAAGGAAGCCCUACGGAUAUUGGUUAAUGUUAAUGUACAAAUGCUUUUCUUCUAUUGCACAUGCACUUACCUUGCAAACUAAGUUCAUUGAAAAGUCUGCAGUCAUCUUGUCAGAAAUUUCACAGCUGCCUAAUCCAGAGUAUAUAUUUUUAGAUACCACUACAUGGCACUUCCUAAGGGGCUGUGGACUUUAUUAGUAACCUUGAGGCCUAAUGUGUACCUAAGUUUGCAUUUGCCCCUUCCUGGUGAUUACUCAGGGCUGUAUAGUAUUUCUUUUAUUCCUUCUCUUCCCAAAUCAAAUCCCAACCCACUGUAGUUCUUUGUUCAUAGUGUAUUAGUGACAUCUAAUUAACUGUAUGUUAAUAGCUGUUAAUACAGUAUCAAACACCGACAGCCAUACAGUCAGCGUGAUCAGUGAGGAGCACAAUAUCAUUUAUUUGCACACACAAUGAAGGAUGAACACGUUCUGAGGGACUUCUUCCUUCCAGAAUAUUGUGCAUAUUUGCUGAACAUCAGACCAUGUUUUUUAACCUCUCUGAUCUAGUCUGUUAUAUAGAUUGAAUAUAUGCACACGUAAGUAAGGAGAACCAUCUUUAUUAUCACUUACCGGUAUGCAGAGAUAUUCACAUAACAGGGGUGCAUUGUUAUAUGACUUCUAGUAAAGAUCUGUCAGGUUAUUUCACAAAGGAAUUGUCAUCUACACAUCCCUUCUUAACCCUACUGGAAAAAAAACCCACUAGUUUUUAAAGCAUAAGGAAAUGUGGAAGGGAAGAGAGAAGCCUUUCAUGAGUGGAGUGUACAGCUGUACAUUUAAUUUAAGCUAAAGAAGGAAAUCUAAUUACUUAAAUACUUGAAAGCAUUCAACAGGUGGUGCUCUACCAUACUCUGCUACUCUGAGAUUUGCUUUAGGUUUUUGUGUAGAGGAGGUUUAGAUUGUUCAAGCAUUAUUCCAUACAUUUCACUGAAGAACAGUGUGCAGGGAAACCAUUACCACUGUGUACUGGAAAAUGUGAACAUUACCCUAACUUUUCUCUAAACUGACACUCUUUCAAUAGCAUUUUGCCCAUCAGUAUCUGCAUGCAAGAGGUGCAGGAUGCAAGCUGUUUCGUUUGGUACAGCACACUGCAGAGCAGAGUGGCAAAUGGCAGAUAACAUAAACGAUGUAGAGGGACAAACAUUCUUGAAUUUCGUUUACAAUUCUGUUACUAAAUAGCUUUAAGCCAAUUUUAACUACCAAACAGUGCAGAAUGAGUUCUUAGUAUUUACAAAUGUAUUUGUAUGUUCACCAUGAUGGUGAAGGAUAUCUUCGACAGAAUUAAAUGUAAUGAGAUGUG